GGGGGCGCGCGCGCGCGCGGGACCUAGGGUGUAGUACACGUGCUCGCGCGCGCGCAACACACAACACGCAGAUCACGCACAGCACCCACAAGCACGUGUUCCUCCCUCCUUGCCUGCAACACACAGAGAGAGAACGCACGACACACGCUCGCUCGUGUGUCGUGCGUUUGGUGCGCGUGUGCGUGUGUGCGCAACACAACGCGGCCCGGCCCGCCGUGAGUUUUGCCCUGAACGGCGCACAGGCGCCAACCCCGGCUCCGGCGAUCUUCUUCGCGUGUCCCGCUCGCCCCGUCCCGCGUCGGUACGUGCUCGCGCGCGGGCAUGACAAGGCGGAGUUGAUGGGCUUAGCGCGAAGCAUGCCGUCCAAGCUGCAGUUCCUUGCGGCGCUCGGCUUGGUGCUCGCCAUGGUGUACCUCGAGAACCAGAUCCAGCGCCUCGAGGAGUCCAAGGGCAAGCUGGAGCGCGCCGUGGCGCUGCACCAGGUGCGAGCCAUCGAGCAGAGGCACACGCAGGAGCUGGCAACGCGCGCCGAGGGAGGCCCCUGGGGAACGGGGGGCCCCGACGACCUCAUCGUGCUCUACAACCGCGUGCCCAAGACCGGCAGCACCUCGUUCACCAACAUCGCGUACGACUUGUGCGCCCGCAACAAGUACCACGUGCUGCACAUCAACACGAGCCGCAACAACCCCGUCAUGUCGCUGCAGGACCAGGCGAGGUUUGUAAAGAACGUUACGGUGUGGAAGGAGAUGAAGCCGGGAUUUUAUCAUGGACACUUGGCGUUCGUUGAUUUCAGCAAGUUCGGCGCCUACAGAAAGCCCAUCUACGUGAACGUGGUGCGCGACCCCAUCGAGCGCCUCGUGUCCUACUACUACUUCCUGCGCUUCGGGGACAACUAUCGGCCCAGCCUGCGGAGACGCAAGCAAGGGGACAAAAAGACGUUUGACGAGUGCGUGCAAGAGAAAGGCGUCGACUGUGCCCCCGAGAAGCUCUGGCUGCAGAUCCCAUUCUUCUGUGGCCACAGUGCCGAGUGCUGGACGGUGGGCAGCCGCUGGGCUCUGGAGCAGGCGAAGCUGAACCUGGUGAACGAGUACCUCCUGGUGGGGGUCACCGAGGAGCUGGAGGACUUCAUCCUCAUCCUGGAGGCCGUACUGCCGCGCUUCUUCAAGGGAGCCACGGAGCUUUUUAAGAAAGGAACAAAGUCGCAUCUGCGCAAGACGGCGGAAAAGAAGGCGCCUUCGGCAGACACGGUGCACACGCUGCAGCAGUCGGAGGUGUGGAAGCUGGAGCACGAGUUUUACGAGUUUGCGCUGGAGCAGUUCAGCUUCAUCCGCGCGCACACUGUGCGGGAGAAGGACGGGGAGCUCUAUCCCCUCGCCCAGAACUACUUUUACGAGAAGAUUUACCCCAAGCAGAGCUAGCCGCGCCCGCGAGUGUCGCGGAGGGCCCAUCCCCGUGCCGUCCCCCGUGCGUGGCCGCGACGGGAGAAAUGUUCGGCUCGGCACUGUGCGUCUCCGAGAGAAGACGCAACGGGGGAGCCCUGUUCUCUCUGGUCAAAGCGUCCCGCACAGGAAGGGGGGGAGGAGGAAGAGGAGGGGGUGAUUUUGGCGAUCGACUGGAAGAUGGAAGACUUGGUCACAGCAUCGUUUCUGGAUAAUUGUUUUAAAAUGUGAGAGCAUUGGUUUCUUUCAUUUUUUUUUUGGCCACCUGCUUUUGAGUUGCGUGGGGGUUAUUUCUUUUGUUGUCUCUAACAGUAGCCAACUCGGCUGCCCGCUUACCAACCACUACAAUCGAAGGCUCCUAAAGGGCGACAUUUUAUCGCCCUUGUGAGGAAAAUCCACUCUCAAGGAUUGUGAAGUUUCCCGGGGACGUGCGUGCAAAUGUCAAGAUCAAAUGGUAAAGAGAGCAUUGGGGGCAGUCGGGGGCCUGCGCUCUGCUCCGCACGCAACAGACGGCUGAACGGUGGAGGGAAGAAAAAAACUGUUCUUUGAAUAAUGGACGCACGCAGCAACAGCAGCAAAAGGUUGUAUUGUGUUUUGUUUUCUGUCCGGGACCACUCGUGCAUAAUAACUCUUAGACGACGCAUUAUUAUUGUUUUGGAAAUAAAUGUCUCAACGUUGGAUACAUGACGACAGUUUGAAUUAUGUUUAUGUGCGUGUGUGUGCUGUGAUAAUUUAAUUUUUUUUUUUUAUCAGGGAGACGCUCACACACACACACACACGCAAAAUAUAUUCUCAGCUGGUGUGGUGUACAUUUCCUUAAUGAAAAAUCUAGCGAGUAUGGUAAUACUCUUAUGAAAAGAGCAUAUAAAUCAUACCAUUAAUAUUAAUUCACUGGAUAAAACACUGUUUUGAAAAUGAGGGUGUUUUAAAUGGUGUGGUGUAUGUUUUGUAUCUAUGAAUCUCACGGUCUGACAUAGAGUAACAAAGGGUUUUUUUUGUGUGUGUGUUUUUGUACGCAAAACACCUGACCCCACAAACAUUCUCUCCAGGUCAGCUUUGUUGUGGGUGAAGAAAUGUGAAGGUCGUAGAGAAUAAAAACGGAAUUUAGCGAUCGUCAUUUUUCAUCCAAAGUCAUUACGUAGCACUGCACUGUCUGCAGAUUUGAGCAUAAGAAUAAUUGCCUUUUUGAAACAUUCGUGAAUUUAUAACAACAACAAAAAACCCCAUCGUAAUUUUUUAUUAAAUGUCAACAAAACGAGGAGUAUAUAUAUAAAACGUAGCUGUUGCAAAACUAUUGGGUGAGCCUUUUUUGUUUUGUUUUACUAUUUGUGAGAUAAAAAAAGUGACUUUUGUUUUGUGUUCCUGCUUUUUGUCCCAGAAGCCGAUGGGGGCGCGUUUGAAUUUUGUUUUCAUUCAAAUUGGUUUCAACGCCUAAAUGGGGCGACACUGGUUUCUUAUUUUGCUGUAAUGUACCCUAGUUGUUAUUGUCAAAUAGUUUCUGCUCCGUGUGAUAUAUGCUUUUAAGUGUUGCGUGUUUUUAAGUUAGGUUCCCGAGGUACAGUGUGUCUAUGUGUGUGUGUCUUGCAUA